UAAGAUGCUUGUGCCUGUUUUCACCAUCACACUAAGGGGUCCUGUUGUACUCCAUCUUCUCCUUGUCUUAUGGAUACAAAGUUCCUCUAGCUCAUUUUUACGUGAAGUCCAUGCCAUACCUGGGGAAUCACUGAACAUUACUUGUCAAUAUUGUAGAGAUAUGCAAAUUAAUUCGGUGAUCAACUGGUGUCGUCAGAUGUCUGAGAUGGAUUGCCUUAAUGUUAUGAGCUCAAGAUGGAUGACAAGACAUACGCAAAAAAGACGAGUAACAAUGACCCAGAAAUUAGGAGAAGCCAUGUUGUUUACAGUGAAUAUGAUGCAGGUACAGCCUUAUGAUACUGGCCUGUACAAGUGGCAGAGGUGGACAGGACAAAAUUACGAGGUCAUAGAAAGCAUCUUGUUACAAGUGGUGGAAGAGAUACCAUCCAAUUUGAAAGUUAUCAAAGCAAGUGCAGGAGAUUCCGUGGAGCUGCAUUGUCCAUAUAGUGAACAACAGAGAUGGUCCAAAAUCUGGUGCAAGCAGGUUGGAAAGACGUGUGACUGGGUGGUUCAUUCAGAUGGAAAUAUAAAUCGUGACUAUCAGAAACGACCUGUGAUUUCUAAUAACCCAAAUUCUCGGAUAAUGAUAAUGAAGUUAAGGGAACUUGAGCUGUGGGAUAAUGGGUUGUACCAGUGUGAGGAAUCUGGGGGACAAACUCUGCUGAAUAAAGUUCUCCUUCUUGUAACUCCAGCAAGCGAUCAUAACAACGUUGAAGAACAAACAAGCAAGUUAGAAUCUUUGUCAAUAACUAACAGGAAUUCUCCAUUCACCAGUCCAGCAACGCAACUACCAAGGACAGAGAGGCAAUAUGGGAUCUGGGAUAUUCUACGUUGGGUACUACUUUUGCCAAUGGCCUUGUGUCUUCUGCUUUUCAGCUGCUGUGAGAAGAUUAUUAGUAAUGGUUACCUAUCUUCUAGACGUUGCUGAGCCCAAAUAGCCAUUUGACAGAAGAGGCAUCUUUACAAAUAAGAUAUGGAAGUGGCUUUAAUAUGAUAACCAGCUAUAUUGCUAUAUAUUAAUUCAUGGUUGCAUAGAAGGUAUUAAACAUGUUAGUCAAGAUGAGUUGCAGUAUGUUGAACACUAUCAUAGUUACGCACUAACUAGGAAUUGUUGGGU